CAUGGCGACUUCAAACAAUCCGCGGAAAUUCAGCGAGAAAAUCGCUUUACAUAAUCAGAAGCAGGCGGAGGAGACGGCAGCCUUCGAAGAAGUCAUGAAGGACCUCAGCAUCACCCGGGCCGCCAGGUUGCAGUUGCAGAAGACCCAAUAUUUACAGCUGGGGCAGAACCGUGGGCAAUGUUAUGGAGGAUCUUUGCCAAAUGUCAAUCAGUUUGGCAGCAGCACUGUAGAUGUGCCUUUUCAGAUGCCAUUCAUCCUCCAGAAUUCAGGUCUGGACACAAGCAGAACAACGCGGCACCAUGGACUGGUGGACAGAGUCUACCGGAACCGGAACACCUCGCCCCACCGGAAGCCCCUCUCCGUUGACAAACACGGACGCCAUAUUGACAGCUGUCCAUAUGGCUCAGUAUACCUGUCACCACCACCCGAUACUAGUUGGAGGAGGACAAACUCAGACUCAGCGUUGCAUCAGAGCACGAUGACUCCUGCCCAGCAGGCUGCUUUCACAAGCGGCUGUCAGGAACUUCAACCCAAACGAGUUCUCCUUCUCACAGUACCAGGGUCAGAGACAGUUAAACAAGACAUGGAUGAAGAGAAACCAAAAGACAACUGGGAUUCCAAAAAGAAUGUUUCAAGGUCUAAACCCUGUAAAGUUCCUGGGAUCAACAUAUUCCCAUCUCCAGACCAGGAGUUGAUGGCCUCACUGGUUCCAGCAGCCUACAACACUGGUGGCUCACUGCCUGACCUUACCAACAUCCAGUUCCCUCCUCCGCUGCCGAUCCCGCUGGACAUGGAUGAAGCAGCUGCCGCCUCGCUCAGCACCUCCAACAGCACAGGAAACCUGGCUAGCACACAAGGACUGAACACCUCUCGACCCACAGUAACCAUGACGAUGCAGUCCGGGCAGGACAACAUUGUGCCGCUUAUGCUGAAUGCAGGCGACUCUCAGCAGCACCAGCCCUUGCAGCUCUCUCCAAUGCUGUCGCCACCACUCACACUCUCUCAGGCGGCCAUCAACACCAUGGCACUGGAGCAGCAGCUCUCUCAUUAUGCAUUCUUUAACCAGCAGCCCUCCACCCAGACACAUCAGAGUCAGCCGCAGACAGGCCUGAUCACACUGCCCUCCCAUUUUGUGCAGAACCAGAGCUCCUCCCCUACAUCAGGCAACCAGACCUCCUCACAGAACAACAUAGCUAUGGACAUCAGCACGGCCUCAUCCCUACAGCAAUACCGCAGUAGGGUCGGAUCCUCUGCCAAUCAGUCUCCAACCUCCCCAGUCUCCAAUCAAGGCUUCUCACCUGGAGGUUCGCCUCAACACAACUCCAUACUGGGCAGUGUGUUUGCAGACUUCUGCGACCAGCAGCUCACAUCCAGGCAGGGCAGUGGACUCUCACAACAGUUAGAGCAGUUCAACAUGAUUGAAAACCCCAGCAGCUCAAACAGCUUAUACUGCCAGGCUUCCACCCUCAGCUACUCCCAGGCAGCCAUGAUGGGUUUGACUGGGAACCACUGCAACCUUCAGGACCCCCAGCAGCUGGCCUACAGUAGCCAUGGCAACAUCCCCAAUAUCAUUCUCACAGUGAGUGGAGAGUCUCCCCCUAGCCUACCAAAGGACCUGACUGGCUCUCUGUCCACUGAUGUCAGCUUUGACGUCGACUCCCAGUUCCCACUGGAUGAAUUGAAGAUUGACCCCCUGACGCUUGAUGGAUUGCACAUGCUCAAUGACCCAGACAUGGUCCUCGCUGAUCCAGCCACAGAGGAUGCAUUUCGUCUUGACCGGCUCUAACUUAUAGCACAUGCACAUGCACUGGUGUGUGAACACUGCUGCCCUUAGAGGAGCAAGGGUCCUGUGGCCAAGAAGAAGGGCCAGUUUCUGGGGCGUGCUCCCAGCUCUGAAGAGCAACCAUUCCACACCGUCCCCCUCUUAAACACGUCCAGAAACCAUCUCUGAAGCACUUUGAAAAGAAAAACCUUGGGAAAAUUAAUUGGAUUUUUUUGGGGGUUUUUUUGUUCUGAGACUGCUACCAGCUUGCAGUCUCUCCUAAGAAGGGGAAAGAUGGUAUUGGAUGAUGGAGAAAUUAGUUAUGGUAGGAAUCCUUUACAUUCUGUCACUAGUUUGUGCUAAUUUUACAUCCUUUGUUUUUACCUUAAAGGCAAAAGUCGGGUGAAGGAGAAUGAUUGAAAAUGUCAUUUGGGCUGAAUGAGCCUGUUCUCUCACAAACUGUUAUUGAUUGACCAAGCUAUACACCUCACCUCUCAACUCUACAGAGUAGCUUGAUGACUCACAGGAAACACCUAAAUGCUUUUUGGUGCUGUUAAUAUCAAUUAGGCUCUGUAUUUUCAC